UUGACAAGUGACAAUUAUGAACUUACAUCAAUUAAAUUAUGUCUCAGGUGUUUAUGGCUGACACUGACGGGUUUGGUAUGGCGAUAUAUAACGCGUCUACUUCGAAAUUCUGCAGAAUCGAUUCUGAUAGUAUGAAACCAACUGGUAUCGGUUAUUAUGUGGGGAAUCAAUUUUAUCCUCUGGAAGACGGUAUCACCAGCACGGCAGUUGUUCAAAACAAAGACUUAUACUACGCUUCGUUUGCGGGAAAUAAGAUAUACAAAAUGGAAAUAUCAAAGAUAGCGGGAUGUUCGCAAAGUGAAACAAAAGCGCUAACUCAACUAGCAUUUGAGAUACCAGACCAGACAUCAGCAUUAGCAUCUGCGAAUUGUGUAAUAUUUUUCACUGAUGUUAAAAAGUCUUCUGUCAUGUGCGCGGAUACUACUAAGAAAAUUAACUCUCAGAACAUGGAAGUUGUUGGGCAAGAUUUUGAAACAUUGGAAUUUUCAAGUGCAAUGAAAAAUAGAGGAGGAAAACUAGUGAUAUUAUCAAAUAAAUAUCAACUUCACGAUGCAUAUGGUGGAUUAAAUAUAAGCGAUAUAAAUUUCCGCAUUUUAUCGAUGCUUAAUACGGAAAUACAGAAGAAAACAAACUGUUUUGCUUCUUGUCCAGGUAAUUUUAUAUAUAAAUAUAUAUGAGAAUACAUGUUAUAUAAGAUACAUAGCGCAAGAGAUUAAGCAUACAUAUGUUUCUAUGUUGCAGUGAAAUAACUUAUCAUCUUUUGUGAUUUCA